UCUCUCCGCACCUCGAAGCCAAGAGCAGACAGGUGACGCACACUGCCUCAGUCUCCCACACGAUGCCGACCAGGAUAAACCCCUCCGCACUGCUCUGAGGGACAUCAUCACUCCACUCACACGUGACGUCCUCCUUAUCUUCUGCCUGUAUAAACCUGAACCGUAAUGAACUGGUCGGCCUUGGAAGCCCUCAUCAGCGGGGUCAACAAGUACUCCACCGUCUUUGGGCGCGUAUGGCUGUCCAUGGUCUUCGUCUUCAGGGUGAUGGUGUUCGUCGUAGCGGCUCAGAGGGUUUGGGGAGAUGAAAACAAAGACUUUGUGUGCAAUACAGCGCAGCCCGGGUGUAGCAACGUGUGCUACGACCACAUCUUCCCCAUCUCUCACAUCCGCCUGUGGGCUCUGCAGCUCAUCUUUGUCACCUGCCCGUCCCUCCUGGUGGUGGGACACGUGAAGUACAGGGAGAAGAAAGACACGCAGUACGCAGCAUCGCACAAAGGAGGACAUCUAUAUGCAAACCCUGGGAAGAAGCGAGGAGGGCUGUGGUGGACCUAUCUGGUGUCUCUGGUGUUCAAAGCGGGCUUUGACGCUGGCUUCCUUUACAUCCUCUACAUGAUCUAUGAGGGCUACGACCUGCCACGCCUGUCCAAGUGCUCGCUGGAGCCGUGUCCCAACACCGUGGACUGCUACAUCUCCCGUCCCACUGAAAAGAAGAUCUUCACUCUGUUUAUGGUGGUGUCCUCUGCUGUCUGUAUAUUAAUGUGCAUUUGUGAGAUGAUUUACCUGGUCUUCAAACGCAUCGUCAAGCUCAUCAAGAGGAAGAAUGAAGCAGAGAAGAAGCUGUUUGCUGAAACUCACGAGCUUCAACCACUGGCACCUCCAAAGUCUGAGUUUAUGUCCAAAACUUCAAUCAGAGUGGAUCCAACGGUCUCCAUUCAAAACCUCAAUAACAUUGAGGAGGAGACGUCAAAACUGAAAGACUAAAGCACAUGACUUAUGCUGAAGGCAUCUACACAAGCACACGCUCACGUCUGCAGCACGAAUUAAUGUUUCGGAUCCUUUUGAAAUAAAUUAAUAAUUAUAUAUUUCUAUUUAUAUGAAUGUAGACUCUGCACACCUGACUGGGCAACAGGUGCUUGGGAGAAGAGGCACUUAAGACUCCCACACUGUCUCACUCUUGGUUCACUUUUAUGAGCACAACGUUUCCUCUGACCUUCCUCAGGUUUCUUUGUAUGCACGAAUUAGCUAGCUAGUGUAGCCCACAUCUGAAGAAUUUUGUUUAUAGCAUUUGUAAAAAAAAAAUGUUGCACUUUGCUUUUCUUCGUACUUAGCAGAGAGCAGGGCACAUAUUUCAUUGUUGUGUAAACUGUCUGUCUCUUAAUGGGGGGCUACAUUUAUGUGAUAUCAAUAUAGAUGUGGAAAAU